GAAAAAAAAACAGAAAAUAAACAAAAGCAACGUGUACGGCUGUGCUAAUUUUAUUUCUACAAUUUAAACAAAUAAUUGUUAUAUCACUAUGUCGUUAAUAAUGACAAAAGCUGCGCUUGCUUUGAAAAACCCUGAGAGCAACUUUCAAUUCGUUAAAUUUGAAGCACACAAACCGAAAAAGAAGGCUGCUCCCGACAACAGUGAACAAAAUGAAAUGAAACAAGGAAACAAACAUUCUAGCAAAGAUUUAGACCUAAAGAAGAUAAGGCAUGAAGUAGUCAAGUUUGGAAUGUCUGGGUUUGACCCCACAAAGAAAGAAGAAGCAAGAAUUGCGCUGGCAGUCAGUUUAGGUGCAAAACCUCCCAAAAAGGAGUAUGUAAACUACAAAGAACUUAUGCAGAAAAGAAAACAGGAGAAAAUUAAAGAAAGUGAAGAGAAACAACAGAUGAGAUCCAAGAGUAUAUUACAAACUGGCGGAAAGAAGAAAAAGAAAAAUGCUAACAAUGAUGUUGGCCACUUACUUAGCAGUUAUGGAAAGGUUAAGAAGAAGGACUUAUUAAAGAAGGACGAUAAAGGCUCAAAGAAGAAGAAGAAAACGAAAACCAUAUGAAAAAUAAAUAAUUUAAAUGUUUA